AUGGAUGAUAGAGAGAGCGAUGAGAGUGAGGAGAGUGAGGAGAGCGAGGAAGGAGACGAGGGGGAGGAGGACGAUACUGGGAGUGAGUCGUCGGCUGCUCCCCAGCGGGCCCCUUCCCCCUCCCCUCCCCCGAACCUUAAUCCCCUGGCGCUGCUCGCGCUCUCCCACGCGCCCUUCCCCUCCGCCUCGUCGGUCACCAGCACCACCUUUUCCGGCGGAACCAGCCCCACGCUCUCUUCCGCCGCCGCCGCGUCCUCCCGCUCCGCCGUCUCCCCGCCCACGUCCCCCUCCGCGCCCUCCGCUUUCCCCAAUUUCUCUUUCGCUCCGCCCCAAGCCGCGCACCCGAUUCCCCACCCGCGCCCGCCGUCGUCCGCGGUCGUGAACAUGGCGUCGCUAACGGCUUCGCAGAAGUUCGCGAAGCUGCUCCAGCAGCUCGCGAAGCAGUCGGCGGAGCUGUCGGAGCUGCGCGGGGAGUUGGCGGACGCCAAGGCUGAAGUGGCGGAGAUGCAGGCGGUACUAGCGAAGGCGGGGCUGGAUUUUGUGCGCGAGCGCAUGGAAAAGGAGCGUCUCGGGCAGGCCUGCGCAAAACUUAACAACGCGCUGCUCUCCUCGCGCCGCGAGACCGCGGACGAGCGCGAGCGGCGCGAGCUGGCGGAGCGGCUGGCGGUGGCGGCGGAGCUCGCGCGGAGGCAGCUGCUAGAGGAAAUCACGCUGGAGCGCGCGCAACUCGCGCGCGCGGACAACUGGCGGGAGCACAACGUGCAUUUAAAGCUGGUCGAGGCGCAGAUGGUGGUGUCUGAAAAGGUGGCGAUUCUAGAGGUGCUGCACGCGGAACUGGAGAAGAAGUUCCGCCAGGUGGGCGCGGGGAGGCUGUGGCGGGGGGAGGAGGAGCGCCCGUUCGGGUGGUUUCUGAAAUUUCUCAAGCAGCCCGAAGGCAAGGCGUGGGCUGUUGAGGGGCUUGGGGGUGAAGGAGAGGAGGGGGCACGGGUGGGGGAUAAGGGAAAGGGGAAGGCGGAGGAGGGCGCUGCUGGUGCGGGUGAUGCCAUGCCUGGUGCUAGUUCUUCUAACGGGGCUGCUUCAAGCGAGGGUGAUGCUCAGGAAGGGGAUCGUAGGGGUCCGGGAACGCAGGCGGAAACAGCAGCAGCAGCAGUGCGCGGAUUCCGGGGCGGGGGGGAGGCAGCAGGUGCAGGUGGCGCGGCGAUCGGCUGCUAG